AUGGCAGAGAACCACGAGACGGACCUGAUCACGGCUGCUCUGGAACACCACCAAGAAGCGCUAAACUUAUUUAUCUCCCAUCUUGCUACUCUGAACGCGCAUUCCUGGGUUACAUUCCCGGCCUUGUGGUUCUUCAUUCUCUAUGAACAGACGUACGGGGAGGACCCGAGGGUCAUGGAGGCGCAUCUUCGAGGAGUGAGGGAUGUCAUUGCAUCUCACGGCAGGACAAUUCUGGCAUCCUCUUUGAUUGACGAUGGUAGCUCAUCUGGUGAACCGGAAGAGAGAUUUCGGGUCCCUCCUAAGAUGAUCAACCGGAUAGCUUUGUGGACUAUUCACCAGGACGCAAAGGCAUCGACAUUCGGUCUUGGCGGGAGCAUGAUAUAUUUGCUGAAUGAGAAAUAUCCGGACUCAAUAGACCGGAUAUUCGAGGAUUCGAGCACGGCCUUACAAGAUGCUUGGGGCUUGAUGUACCCCGCCGUUGAAGAUCUGUGGGAUAGACAGGUCCAUGAGAUGUUCAGAUUGGUCCACGAGAACACAAUGCUACGGUAUCAACUCGCCAAGAUAGAGAAAGAGUAUUAUGAAGAUGAAGGAAAAGGAAAAACAUCACGCAAAAUAAUGCAAUUCGGCCGCGAUUUGAAACUCCUGGAGAAGAAAUUCUUGCCCUUCAUGGAACCUACUCUUUCACGCAGGAUUGAAAGAAGUGCGCUCCUCUCGAAUAUGUGCGUCAUAGUAGCCGAGUUCCUGGCCCUAGUUGUCCAAUAUGAAAGAUUAGCAUAUGAUGUUCAGUCUUUGAGCCUUCCAAAACUUCUCCAGGUCUGUGCAAGUCUCUACGAGUACGAGGGCCCGAAUUUUUUACGACAUGUGGCAUGGGCUUUGUUAGUUGCUGGGUUUGAGACCGAGGACUCCGUCUACCAGUCCUGGAUUAUUGAGAGGUUCGCGCAACUCCAAAAGAGUGGGAAUAACAUGAGGCAAGCCAUGAUUCUUUUACAGGCGGUGUUUCUGGAAAAGCGGACUUCCACGAAGCCUAUACGGUAUAGUGAGUGGCUUAGAGAUGACCGCUUCAAGAAAUUCUCCAUCUAG